AGCCUUUCCUUGUAAAAUCAGUGCAAUGUGAUUGUUAUUAAUAAAAAAAAAUAAGUUUAACUUUAAAUCGAGCUAUAGUUCAAUACAUCUCUCUGCAGAAUAUAUUGCUUUAUUGUGUUGUGUGAAUUAAACGAAUUAUUAUUUGUGUCGGUUUUAUAAACAGAUUUUUUGCAUAUUUUUUAUUAGUUAAAUAUGGCUUUUAUUUCAAAUUUAUUUGAUAACUACACAGCAAGUUUAUACGAUAUAAUUGUGGAGUACGUGGACACCGAAUACAGUUUGUGGCUGACAUGGUUUCUGAUGCCGGUCAUCGUCACGUUCAUGCUGCCGGCUGUCAUCAUUGUGCUGAUCUACAUGAGCAGCGUCAUCUUCCAUCUGUACAGACUCUACAGAUUGCGUGUCGCGGAUGGUGUUCAAAGCGAUUGGAGACAAGCGGCUCGACUCGCGGUCUGCGCGCUGUGGGACGCCCACGGCUGGCUGUUUCAUGGUUACGAAAUAGAUGGUAUCGAGAACAUCCCGGACGGCCCGUUCCUUCUCAUCUACUACCACGGCGCCCUCCCCAUCGACAUGUACUACUUCAUAGCGCGGAUGUCGCUCUUCAAACGGCGACACAUACACACGGUGGCGGAUCGAUUCAUGUUUAAGAUACCCGGUUGGAAGUCGCUUCUGGAAGGGCUGUGUGUGAUCCCGGGUACGGUACAAACGUGCGCAGGAGUGUUACGCAGUGGAAACUCCCUGGCCAUAUCCCCGGGCGGUGUCUAUGAGGCCCAGUUUGGAGAUCACUAUUACAGACUUAACUGGAAAUCAAGGAUUGGCUUCGCGAAAGUCGCCCUUGAAGCAAAAGUGCCAAUCGUCCCGAUGUUCACACAAAACGUGCGCGAGGCGUUCCGCACGGUGGGCUGGCUGCGCGGCGUGUGUCUGCGCAUCUACGCCGCCACGCGCAUCCCGCUGGCGCCCGUGUACGGGGGCUUCCCCGUCAAGAUGGUAACGCACCUCGGUCCGGCCAUUCCCUACGACCCCACGCUCACGCCGGAGAUGCUUCAGCAGAAGGUCGCAAGUGCAAUUGAAAGUUUGGUCGAGGAACAUCAGCGAGUACCCGGUAGCAUCUUACUGGCCCUCAUCGAGAGGGUCUACCAGAUGCCAAAGAAGAAGAACAAGAAAACGUACACGAAUGGCAACUGUCAAAAUGGCAUCUCUAAAAAGGAACAGGCGAGCAGUUUGUGUGAAAACAGUGACAGUGAUAAAGUCAAGUUAUCCUAGUGUGGAGAGACUUAAGAAUUGUGAGUAAAUAUGAUUCAAUGUAUGUAUGUGUAAAAUGCAUUAUGCUUUGCGUUUUAUCGUGCUGGUAACAUUGGUGAGUGAAUUUAUUAGAUGUACAAAUAAAGCAUUUUUCUUCGAUAACUUCCAUAUGCGUUUAUAAUUAAUGAAUUAUAAUUUGCUUUUA